AUGGGCGUCAAGGACUUCCUCCAAUCAUCUCAGGAGCAGUCGAGGCCUUGGGUCGAAACACCUCUCAGAGAGUCAUAUGCGUUGUCCCAAGCUGCGGGAUGGUACGGCCUCGGACACUAUCUCGUCAAGAGAGUCGAAGAGCUCCCCACCCACAUCAGUAACCCCCACAUCUUCUGCUCGAGCGGCGGCAAUGCUGGCCUCGCUGCCGUGCACGCCUCUCGGACACUCGGCGUCCCGUGUACAGUCGUCGUACCUUCGACUGUCAAGCAGUUGAUGGUUACCAAGAUCAAGGCUGCUGGCGCUUAUGAGGUGCUACAACAUGGAGACGCGUGGGCGGAUGCUGAUAAGUACAUGAGGGAGGAGUUGAUGCCGCAGGCCGGCGAAGCAGCCAUCUAUGCCCCACCCUUUGACCACCCAGACAUAUGGGCCGGAAACUCAUCCAUCAUGUACGAAAUCGCCGAUCAAAUGCCCGAUAGCCCCGCCAACACAAUCAUCUGCUCUGUCGGUGGCGGUGGCCUUCUCAAUGGUCUCGCCAUGGCUCUCGAUGACCUCUCUCUUUCUGGCUCGACAACCGUCAUCGGUGUCGAGACCGCCGGCGCGGAGUCUCUCGCCGCUGCUGUGCACGCCGGCCAAUUAGUCACACUUCCUAGGAUCACGUCGCAAGCCACUUCGCUAGGCUGUGCAAGAGUCACGCAGCUGACGCUCGACACAGCGCAACGGGACAACUUCAGGGGCGUCGUACUCCCAGAUGCCGAGGCGGCGAUGGGGUGCUGGCGCCUUGCCGAUGACGAGAGAAUCAUGGUCGAGCUCGCUUGCGGUGUCAACGUCGCCUUAUGCUACGACGGACGACUAGAGAAGGCACUCGGCCGGAAGGUGCGCCCUGACGAGAAGGUCGUCAUUGUUCUCUGCGGAGGGAGCAAUGUCACUGUGAACAUGCUGUCUGAGUGGCGGAAGGAGUAUGCCUACCUUGAGGAGCCAGUGACCAGGAGGAAAGACAGCGAGAUACAACAUGUCCCACAGGAUGUGCCGGAGAUCCCAAGGCGGGCGCCGGUGCAGAGACAGUGGAACCAGGAGGUAUUGCAGCUCGAGGCAAAGCUGUAG